AUGUCGUCCACCGAGGCUGAACUGUUCGCCAUUCUUACCGCCCUGGAAUACAUUACUGACUUGCCGCCUGCGAAAUGGGUCGUCCUCACCGACAGCAAGGCGUCCCUCCUCCGCUUGAUGUCGCCCCGCACCAACCUCAUACAGGAUAUACCCAGCAUGAUCAUUCAGAUGUAUAACAGACUCCGUGCCAAUGGUCAUGCUUUGUCCCUUCAAUGGGUGUCCGGUCAUGUGGGCCUGACCGGUAACACACGCGCAGACGAGGCUGUAAGACGAGCCGCCGCAGCUGCUACUCCUGCCACUGUACGUCCAUCACUUACACUUUCCGCUUGCCAUUUAGGUAUUCGCCGCCGACGUGCAGCCCGUGUCCAAGCAUUUAGAUCUCAGGCCGCCGCCUACAACAGUCACAUACAGUCCAUCGACCCCUCGGUUACCUUUUUCAUUGCGUGUCGCUGCAGCCGUCAGGAGGAAUCACUGCUGCACCUCCUCCGUCUCAACGUUGCCCGCACCCCAUUGCUUCUUUACAAAAUGGGCCAAUCCGGCUCCCCCCUGUGUUCGAGCUGUGGUGAGGUGGCCGACAUUCCUCAUUGUCUUGUGCACUGCCAGCAGCACAUUCCCCAACGGCAAGCCCUCCAUCGCUGUCUAAUACAGCUGGGCUGCAGCACAUUGUCCAUGGCCACCCUCCUUGGUUCCGUCCCUCGGCCUACUCAGUUUGCCGUAACUACAGCCCUGCCCCGCUUCUUGAAAGACUCGGGCCUUGCGUCUGCACUCUAA